AUCAGACUUCAUGUCAAAUAAUAAGUUGUUGUUGCAUUGGUUUUUGCAUGCGUGCUGACAACAUAACCUAAACUGCAAGUGGUGGCUGAAGGUGAGUUGGAUCUCCUUGGGAGAGUGUUUAUGAUUAGCGUGAGCUCUCCGACUGAUUGAAUAAUUAGGGGCUAUUGAAGAAACGAAAGAAAGAGAAAUAGAGGACAAGAGGCAGCCCCUUCUUGCCAAGUCAGUCCACACAGUGCAUCCAAACUGACAAGCAAGACAACAUGGGUCUGUGGGAAACCUGCGCUGUCCUUUUCCUUAUGAAUCUGGCCGUUGAAGGAUGGCAUGACUUGGACAACACUGAAUAUGACUGCUGGCCUAUAGUUGAACCAAAUGAUUACAACAUGAUUAGCUGUGGCGGCUUAGAAAUGGCUUGGGUUCAACGUCCACCAGAAAAGGUCACAGAUGGGGAGGAGUUCAACGUUACCUAUUCUGUCACUGCCACAGAUUCCUUUUAUGAAUAUGCGGUUAAAAACAAGAUUUUCCAGUUUAGUAAUGCCUCAGAGGCCAAAAGAUUCUGCCUCGAGCAUGAAUGCCCCUCGAACUGGAACAACGCCAAUGAAGACAACUGCUGCGUGUAUCAUGCUAACAUUCACUCCUGUCCUCUUGCGCUCAUGAGAGGCGGAGGGAUUUGUGGUCCCUGGAUUCCAGACGAUGGCGAAAUUGUAACCCACACAGUAUCUAAAGCUGGAAAGAUGAGCCAACUGCUCUGGACGUCAAAGGUGGUGCUGGUUCAUUUAGGAGUUACAUCAGUCAUUGCUCAUAUCAAAGUGGGACAGAUGCACGCAGCCCUAGAGUCCAAGGUGCUAGUAGUCAGCGCUCAAGUGUGUGGAGACGGCACCUGUGAGCUGGAGGAGAGCUGUCUGACGUGUCCCGCUGACUGUGGGGUUUGUCCUAUGCCUACAUCUAUCAAAGUGGCCACUGGGCUUCCUGUUGCCUUGUUCUGCAGUGGCUUCUUCCUAACAUUGGUGUGGCUGCAGUACCAAAAACAGAAAAUGUUUUGGGAUGAGAGCUGGAUUGUCAACUACAAUAAUAUCAUAUUUGGUAAAGUGUCCUACACAGGUUUUUGUAGCACCACAAGUCUUCAGACAGGAAAGAGGAACUCAAGUGUGAGUAGAGUUACAGAUGUGACGGUCUGCACUGCAGUGAACACCAUCUUCAAACCACGCUUCAUUCAGGCUGGCAUCUAUGAUGGAAGGACUGUAGCUGUAAAACACAUCCAAAAGAAACACUUCACCCUGACUAAAACAAUCAGAAAAGAAGUCAAAGAGGUCAGGGAGCUUGAUCACCCAAACAUCUCCAAGUUCAUUGGAGGCUGCACUGAAGUUCCUUUCGUGAGCAUUAUCACAGAGUACUGUCCAAAGGGAAGCCUGGCAGAUGUGCUGCUGAAUGAGGACAUCCCCAUCAACUGGGGUUUUCGAUUGUCUUUUGCUACCGAUAUUGCCCGAGGGAUGGCGUACCUGCACCAGCACAAAAUGUUCCACGGCCGCCUUCAUUCACGUAACUGUGUGAUUGACGACCGAUGGGUCUGCAAAAUAUCAGAUUACGGGCUGAUGGCCUACAGAAAGGAGGACUUUGAGGACAUGAGCACCAUUUUCCAAUGUCAAAACAUCUAUCACAUUUACUGCGCCCCUGAAGUUCUUUUGAGAAUCAGCACUAGCUUCACAGCCGCAGCUGAUGUGUACAGCUACUCUAUUAUCUUGGUGGAAAUCGCCACUCGCAGUGACCUAAUUUCACAGGAACAGGCAGAUUCAGUGAAGCUUGAUGUCAUGUGGCGCCCAUCACUUCCCAAACUGGAGGCUGGGAAAUCAGACAAUGACUGCCCAGAUCCAGAUGAUUACUGUGAGCUGAUAAAGAGAUGCUGGUCCCACAAUGUCACCAUGAGGCCGACGUUUGAGCAGGUGAAAAAGACGCUUGAUAAAAUGAACCCGCACAAGGUCAGCCCCGUGGAUAUGAUGAUGAACCUGAUGGAAAAGUACAGUAAACAUUUGGAAACCAUUGUAGCCGAAAGAACACAGGAUCUUCUUCAGGAGAAGCAGAAGACUGACCGUUUACUCUACAGCAUGUUACCAAAACCAGUAGCCGAUGAUCUUCGUCAGGGACACACAGCAGAGGCCCAGAGUUACUCCAACGCCACUGUAUAUUUCAGUGACAUAGUGGGCUUCACCCAACUCUCGGGCUCCAGCACUCCUCAUCAGGUUGUGGAUUUCCUCAACAAGCUUUACACCACAUUUGAUGACAUCAUCGACAACUAUGAUGUGUACAAAGUGGAAACUAUAGGAGAUGCUUAUAUGGUAGUCUCAGGAGUACCGAAAGAGAACGGGAUCAAUCACGCUGGUGAAAUCGCCAGCAUGGCGCUGGACUUGGUGAGCGUCUGUCAUGCAUUUAAAAUCCCACACAAGCCCACCACACAGCUGAAGAUACGGGCUGGCAUUCACUCAGGCCCCGUUGUAGCUGGGGUGGUUGGCACCAAAAUGCCACGAUACUGCUUAUUUGGUGACACUGUAAACACUGCGUCCCGCAUGGAGUCCACCAGUGAAGUGUUGUUUCAUGAUGCUUACAGCUUUAAAGAUCCAGUGCAGUGGCUCUACAGCAGACCUUCUACACACACUUGGUGGAUACAUGUUGAUAUGUCGUGGGUCUCUCAGUGUGAAGGGCAAAGGCGAAAUGACUACUUGGUGGCUGGAGGCCAAAAGAGACCCUUUGUCCCAGGAAGACGAACCUUUGGGUCUUCCUAUUCCUGUUAGCAAUUAACUUAUGUGCUACAGUCAUGAUAGAAACUUUAACAAAUAAAUGUUUAGCAGAUAUGCAAACUUACUUUAUUUAAGUGUAUAUGUAUGUGCUAAGAUAUUCAGAAAUGUUGCUGCUGUCAUUGUGUAUGAUAUAGUAAAACGUAAGUGUAAAAUGUUUUGAAAAAAUCCUCUCAAAUGAAGAGCAAAUGUGUUUGUAGGGACAACAUUUCAUUAUAAUAUAUUUGUGGUUAUUUUAUCUUCAUCAUCAGUGCAUAAUUUGUAUUUGAAAAUAGAUAUGCUGAAAUAAAAUGUGCUUCUUGUCUGAUGUAAAUGUGCUUAUAUUUGGUAUUGCAAUGAUAAACUACAUUUUGGUAGAUUGUUACAAUAACUAGCUUAUUUUAGUUUUUAGCACCUGCAUUGACUGCGGCAAAGUCUAUUGGUCGAUAUUCCGCUGGGGUGCAUGAGUUACAGCCAAUGACACGCCCUCGUAUUCGUUGCAUGGCAACGUAUUUGCUUGUGACUGUUUUCGUUCAAGGUUGAGCUGUGGAGAACGCGCCUGCAUCAAUGUACCUCCGUUCCACAUUUAGACGCUUUAAUACACAGACUUCCCGGGAAAAUGUUUCUGUCUGAGCGAAUGUCGGGAAUUGAAGCUGGCAAGCCUCACGAGUGCUCUUGAAUGCCAAAAGAUAGGCGAUCAUUAAACCGUUACUCUGCCUCAGAAGUCUUGUGAGGAACCUUUGUGUGCAAAA